GGAACAAUCGGCGACGAGAUGACCGGAGCCAGCGCCUACGAGGAGCAGCGCCGCCUGAUCAUGGAGGCCAACCAGCGCAAGAUGGACGAGCUGCGCCUGCACCACCUCUCCGCCGCCGUCAAGGACGCCAUCCCCAAGCCAUCGCCGGCCAAGUCCGUGAAGCGCAAGAGGGCGGCGCCGCGCGACGACGCGCCGGUGGUGGUCCGCCGGUCCGACCGCAACGCCAGCAACCCGGACAAACCAAACUACCGCUACGAGGAGGUGUACUCGGUCCUGGACGGCAGGAAGAAGACCAGGGGGAGGAGGACGACCAGCACGCGGAAGGACCUCGCCAACCGGGUCUACGCGUCCGACGAGGCCAGGGAGUACGCCACCAGCAAGGGCGAGGAGCUGCAGGAGAAGCUCGGCUCCGACUACCCCACCUUCGUCAAGCCCCUGACGCAGUCCCACGUCUCCGGCGGAUUCUGGCUGGGGCUGCCCACGGACUUCUGCCGGAAGUACCUGCCCAAGCGUGACGAGUUCCUCACUCUGGUGGACGAGGUGGAUGACGAGGUUGAAUCGCUCUACCUCGCGCUCAAGAGGGGCCUCAGCGCCGGAUGGAGGAAGUUCUCCAUCGAUCACGAGCUGGUCGACGGGGACUGCCUCGUCUUCGAGCUCAUCCAGCGCACCACAUUUAAGGUUUAUAUCAUCAGGCAAAGUUCCUACUCCAAGAAAUUGAAGGCCUCCAAGAAAUUGAAGGCGUGAGAUUCAGAUAUGCACUGAGUGCAGGUGCUUUAGUGUAUCCAAUCUACAUGAAGCAACUGGGCAAUGAGUUCGCAAAUGGAGACUGAACUAUAUUCAGCUUUUA